UGUGUGUGCGCGCGUGCGCGUGUGUGUGGAGAAAUCUAGGAAGUAACGUUAGCCCAACUUUUCGACAGGGACAACAAGGAGGAGACGUUAAUCUUCAAUAUCUCAAAGAAACUGUGAUUUAUUAGAGCAAUGACGACGCCGAAAUGGUGGGAAAUAACUUUUUCAUAAUUUCAAACGGUGCGUAAGCAGUUUCCUGGCUCACCUUUUUCUGGGAAGCUCAGGUGAAGGUUUUUUUUUCUUCCUGAAGUUGUGUGACUGGAGUUCGUUAACGCUAAACGGAGGUGCAGAAAUUCGUAUUUCCUCUUCGGUGUCGGGAGUAUUUUUGGCUUUUAAAAAUGAAAUGAGUGUUUUUUUCUCGAAAGUGGAUGCUGGCAGAGAGUUGGGGCAGUGAGUUAUGCUGAAGCCUGUCUCUGUAUCAGGAUGAGCACUACAGAUGGAGCUGGGGCCCCUGACCAGGAUGGAGAGGCCCGUGUUGUGCAGAUCUACCCUAGGGUGUCCCAGAACACUGCUGCCUACUGUCCCCUGCAGGUCAGCUUUGGGGACACGGUGAAGUCGGUCAUCCACAAUGCCGUGGUCACUCUGGGGCUGGACUCCAGCAAGAUGUACCGCCUCCUAGAAGUCAGACAGGUCAGCGGAGAGGAGAGGCUGCUGGAAGCUGGUGACUGCCCUCUGGAGAGAGUCCUGCUGUGGCCACCACUGGCACAGAGGUGGCACCCUCAGAGCCAGGGAUACCACUUCAUCCUGCAGCAGCAGCAAGCCGACAAUGGAGACAACCAAGAAGAAAACAGAGAGGACUAUGAUGACCUCUGCAACCUCCAAUCUGUAACUGAGCAGAGUAUUCUGGAGGUUUUACGCCAACGCUUCUACAAGUUAAAAAUCUACACCUAUGCCAGCAACAUCCUUAUUGCCAUUAAUCCCAAUAAGUUCCUGCCUGUUUACUACAACCCCAAGUAUGUCAAGAUGUAUGAGAACCAGCCACUGGGCAAACUAAGCCCUCAUAUAUUUGCAAUAGCAGACGUGGCCUUCCAUACGAUGCUGACCAGGCAGGUUAACCAGUGUAUUGUUAUAUCUGGUGAGAGUGGCUCGGGGAAGACUGAAAGCAGCAGUUAUCUCAUCCACUGCCUGACUGCACUGAGCCAGAAGACGUACUCCACCGGGCUGGAACGGACCAUCCUUGGAGCAGGACCGGUGUUAGAGGCCUUUGGCAACGCCAAGACCGCAGAGAAUAACAACUCCAGCCGCUUUGGGAAGUUCAUCCAGCUCAACUACCUGGAGAGCGGUGUCAUCAGAGGGGCAGUUAUUGAGAAGUACCUACUCGAAAAGUGCCGCCUGGUGUCCAGAGAUAAGAGAGAGAGGAACUACCACGUGUUCUACUACCUGCUAGUGGGAGCGUCCAAAGACGAGCAGGAGGAAUUUCAUCUGUUAAAGCCACAAGAUUAUCUCUACCUCAAGCAGCAAGACCUCCAAAUAGAUGAUGAGGAGAAAUUCAGGCAGGAGUACAAGAGGCUCCAUCAAGCUAUGGAAAUGGUCGGCUUCUUGGCCUCCACCAAGAAACACAUAUUUUCCAUCCUCUCUGCCAUCCUCCACCUUGGCAAUGUGACGUUCACAGUCUCAGAGGACACUCAGGACCUGGAGGUCGGACCUGCUGAAGUCUUGUGUACACUGUCUGGCCUGCUCAAGGUGAAAAAGGAGCUGCUGGUUGAGGCUUUGAUCAAGAGGAGAGUAGUGGUCGCCAAGGCCAGCACAGUUUCAAAGUACACACUACAACAGGCCUCCAAAGUGCGGGACUCCAUGGCUAAGUCUUUAUACAGUGCUCUGUUUGACUGGAUCAUCCUUCACAUCAACCAUGCAAUGCUCAACAGACGAGACAUGGAGGAGUCAGUCUCUUGUUUGUCCAUCGGUGUCUUGGAUAUGUUUGGAUUUGAGAACCUCCAGACAAACAGUUUUGAGCAGCUGUGCAUCAACUACACCAAUGAGAAACUGCAGUAUUAUAUCAACCACAACAUCUUCAAGCUUGAGCAAGAGGAUUAUGUGUCUGAAGGCCUCACUUGGCAAAACAUCGACUGCACUGACAACAGUGGCUGCAUUCAGCUGAUCAGCAUGAAAUCAACUGGACUCUUUGACCUGCUGGAUGAGGAGAGCAACCUCCCUCAGGGCACAGAUGAAACCCUGUUGGACAAACUGACGCAGCAGCAUCAGGACAACCCACUCUUUGUAGCCUCUCCAAGUACAAACCCGAUUUUUGCCAUCCAACACUUUGCUGGGAGUGUUGAAUAUCACAUCAAGGACUUCAGAGAGAAAAACACAGAGCACAUGCGUCCUGAAGUCGUAUCUCUUCUACGGAGUAGUGAGCGAGCGUUCUUGCAUCACCUGGUUGCAUCCAGCCCUCAGGCGCUGUUCAGAUGGGGCAUCCUUCGAGCCACCAUUCGCAUCCUCACAGUGUUCAAAAACAUGGGACGCCAGCGGGCAGAACAGUUGGCUGCCAGACGAAGCUCCCGCAAAACCCUCAAGGAAAUGAAACAGCGCAGCAGCACUGUGGACCGACUAUCCAGCAACAGCCUGACUCUGGAUUUCUCCUUUGAUCACUCUGAUGAUCAUCCUCUUGAUGUGUUUGAAGACAUCUUUGCCAAUUAUGAAAAGAGAAAGAAGAGCAGAGGCGGUCGACAGAAGCAGGUCAUUCCAAAGAACCUCAUGGAUUUGCGCUCCCUCCAACAUAUUGUUGGUCUCACUGCCCACGACCGAACCAGCAAAUCCAUCUUCCACCCUCAGCAGAGAACAAAGCUAUCUACAGUCAGCACUCAGUUUCAGGCCUCACUCAGAAGGCUGAUGGAGACGAUUGAAAAAGCGGACCCUUUCUUCAUUUUCUGUGUUCGCUCCAACGCUGAAAUGAAGGAGCUGCACUUUGAUGAUGAACUUGUGCUACAGCAAAUCAGGUACACAGGCAUGCUGCAGAUGGUUCACAUCCAGAAGUCUGGCUACAGUGCCAAAUACACAUUUAUGGAAUUUGUUGACAAGUUCAGGAUGUUGCUCCCAAAAGGUGCAACGGCAACUCCUGAGCACAUAACCAAACUGUUUGAGAGGAUGAAACUGGAUAAGUCCACCUACCAAAUAGGAAAAACCAAGGUGUUCCUCAAGCAGAAGGAGAAGCAGCUGCUCCAAGACACUCUUAACAAAGAGGUGAUGCGUCACAUCAUCAUACUGCAGCGCUGGUUCCGUACCUGUCUGAUAAGAUUGCACUUUGUGCAAAAGAGAGACGCCACAUUAAUAAUACAGAGGAGCUGGCGUGAGUUUUAUGAGAAUCACAACCGAGCUGCUACAGUGAUCCAGACUGCUUGGAGGACUUCCUUAAAGAGGUCAAAGGAGCAGUGUGAGGAGGAGGAUGACAAGGAGACGUCGAACACCCGGCUUGGACGGGACAGCUUGACCAAAAAAGAGUUAAAGAGGCAGCAUAAGGUGGAGCUCAGCCCCGGCAGGAACCAGCAGCUCGAUUCAGUCAAUGGCCAGUCUGCACAGAGGGACCAAAGCAGAGAGAAACGAGGAUGCCCUCCGCCUCUGAAUAGACCCCUCUCCCUCCCUCUGGACACUAAAGUUAGCAGUAAUGAUCACUCAACCAGCCCCUCUACGAGCAGCUCGCUUCAGCGUUACAAAGACAUGGGGGGCAUUAAGGAGAAGGCCGAGAAGUGGAGGGGAAGACAGAGCGAGGGCGAACCGACAGACGAAUCGAGUCCGGAAAUACGACGCAGAGAAAAUAGGAAAGAUGAGUUUUACCGCAAAGGGAAGUCCAUGUCUGCCGAUGAACUGUCCAAGAUCAGCUCAUCAGGCUCUGACAGCUCACCUUCUACCAAUGAGGUCAGGGUGCGCCUCCGCAAGCAGCCAAAACGCAAGCGGCGCUUAGCCUACGCCCGCAGCGGUUUGAUGAUUAACUUUGGGGGCUCCAAGGAGAGCGAGUACUGGAGCUUUCCACUGCCUCCCAUCAGCCCCCAUCUGGCCAGUCUGAAGAGCUCGGCCAGUAGUGUGGAUGUCCGGGUCAAGAAACCAGCAGAACCGGAUGGGUCGAGGUUCAGCCUUCCGUCAAGGACUGCCAAUGAGGACUCAGGACAACAGGGGACUAACCAAUCACAACUCACAACCCCUGAGAAGAUUUGGUUUCUCAGUAAGUUCCUGCGGAAACGGGCACCCAAAUUUUCCCCAGGCAAUGACUCUCCAUCAGAUAAAACCGUCACCUUGCCCAGGUACACUCCACAUCACUAUCACAUGCCAAACCAAAGCAGCGGGAGGGAUAAUCGAAACCCCACCAUUCGAAUCAGCCGGGCCACACGGGCGAUUGAGUGGAACACCUCUCUAGACCGAGAGAUCACUGACUCCAAGGAGCUGCGAAACCUGGAUGAGUUCCUCGGAAACCAGGUGAAUGAACUUCGAUCAAGAAUAAAGGAGCUGUCUCCAACAGAGAGCAUCUUCCUCACAGCCACAAUGCAGUUCAGAGAGACCAUCAAAAGCAUGUACUCCGUGCAGAAGCCCCAAAUCGCCUACAAAGAUCUGAUGAAAGGCUACCACAACAAAGUGAACACACUAGCUGCACCCAAGAAGAAGGCAGAAGUCUCACUGGUGGUCAACCUGUUCCAGUCUGUGCUGGACGGCUUCAUCAGGGGCGAAAUAAAACGAGUGGAGUCUGAACCGUCCAAGGCUACCAAGACGACAAAGAAGAGGAGGAAAAAGGACAAAUGUCCUGAUAGUCCUCUGGAUCACCUGUUCAGCACAUACCAGGUGAACAUUAUGCAGUCAUGUGACUUGUGUGGCUCCUACAUCUGGGGUAUGGAGAAAGCCUACAUGUGCAGUGCUUGCAAGUUAAUAUGUCACAAGAAAUGCCUGAAGAAAAUCAUCACAGACUGCUCAACACGGUGCGCCAGGCAGGAUGACAGUGUGCCAGGCUCCCUUCACUUUGGGGUGCAGGUGUGUGUCCUCACCAGUAAAGCCAACCCUGUGCCCAUGGUGGUGGAGAUGUUGCUGUUGCAUGUGGAGCUAAAUGGCCUCUACACUGAGGGCAUUUACCGCAAGUCAGGCUCAACCUGUCGAGCAAGGGAGCUCCACCAGAUUCUGGAGACCAAUCCUGAGGAAGCAUGUUUGGAGAAUUAUCCCAUCCACACCACCACAGGUCUGGUGAAACGAUGGCUCCGAGAGCUGCCUGACCCCCUCAUGACCUUUUCCCUCUACAGCGACUUUCUGCAUGCCGUGGAGCUGCCAGAGAAAGCUGAGAGAAUAAGGGCUGUGUACCAAAAGGUUGAUGAACUCCCUCCUUCAAAUUACAACACAUUAGAGCGGCUCAUUUUUCACCUUGUCAGGGUUGCAAAGGAAGAAGAGCACAAUAAGAUGUCACCAAGCUCUCUUGCUAUUGUGUUUGCCCCCUGCAUUCUGCGCUCUCCUGAUGCUAAUGACCCCUUCCUUGGUAUGAAGGAUGUGUCCAAGACUACACAGUGCGUGGAGAUCCUGAUCUCUGAGCAGUUCAGACGCUACAAAGAGAAGAUGCAGAAUAUCCAGGAGCUGGAAUACGCAGAGGCCCUGGCUGUCAAUCAGCUCAAACUGAGGAGGCAAAACACGAUUGUUGAAAAGCCUUCAGAUGUUCCAGAGGAAACACACACUGAUGAAACAGAGAAGACUCUCAUCGAAAGGAUCAAGUCCAUCAAGCAAGAAAAGGUGGACUUGGCCUGCACAUUACCUGACCUGGAGCAGGAACAUUCUGACAACGACAACCUGGACUCAUCAUCGUCGAUGAGCACAGAGAGUUUAGAAGACCGCCUGAGGAGCCUGGAAUCGGAAGGAAAGGUGACCAUGCGAUUAAAAACCCAGAAACCUGACUGCCCGCAUAAACCUCCUGACCUGGCGCAGAGAGUCAGAAGUAUGAUGGCUCAGGCAGAUGAUGAACAGACAGGGUUCACAUCAGGACAGAAGACAGAUGUUACUCAAUUCAUGUGCUUCCUGCCCAGCCAAGACAACCCCUCCCCAACCGACAAGCCCCAGGUCACCAGCAAGACUUUUAACGGGAGCUUUGAUGACCUGGACAUCCCUUUCAUUGAUGAGGAUGAGGAUCUAGCUUGAGCAUAACACCACAAGUUGUAAUAAUUUGACCAAAAUCCCCAAGUAUGUGUUAAUAGAAGAUGUGUUAUUGCAAAAAGAACUGAGCACUUUGUUUUACAGACUUUUCCAUUUGUCAGUGCUGCUAUGGAAACAAAGUGAUGUGAGAAUUUAUAUGUAUUUAACAGGGAAAUCAUAUAGACUAUUCCUUUAGGGUUUUUAUGACAGAUCUGAAGAAAAACCAUCAGCAAUGGCAAUGCACACUAUAUCACUGUCUAUUACUGUAUGUGAUUUUAUGAAAUUUUAGAAAAGGUAGGUAUUUUGGACCAUAUCUGUGAAGCUUUGUCUUAUAUUUAGAGAAAAAUAGGGCAACAUGAUGAGGAGCAAUUUAGGAUACAAGUACCUCCUUUAAUGGACCAUAUUCUGAGGUUGACCACUAUGGUACUAAUGGGAGUUAAUGUGGUUUGUGGUAAAAAUAAAUAAAUAAUAAAUAAAUCUUUUAAGUGUGCCAAAAAAGUUCUAACAUUGUACAUAGAGUGAUUCUCCAUUGUAUAUAAUGUGACUUUGCAUUUGGGGCUUUCACUGAGUGCAUUGUUGUACAUGUACAUGUUUAGCUGUGUUUUUCGGCUUGUCCUUACACUGACUGCUGUGACUGACUCAGUGUACCUGUCAUGAUGCUGCCUGUUAGACUGACUGAAAAUAUUUCCCUCACUUUUCUUGUUUUUGCAAGGCUGCACAGUUUCACCAAGUUAAUGCUUUGUUCAUGCAUGUAGGUUUUUUUUUUUUUUUUUUUACAUGCAUGCCUAUAUAUUUUAUAAGGGUUAGGAAUUAUGUAUAUUGUGGUGGACAUCCUCUGAUUUUGACCUUUUGUCACCAACUGAAAUAAACUGACCAUUUUCAAG